AUGGAGGGGAGUAGAGUUUUCUUUUUUCUGUCCUUCAAAUUGAAGGAAUUGGUUGGACGAGGAAAUGGUGCUCAGUUGAAGGUAAGGAAGAUAGUAGAUUUACUUGCUUCUAAGAAAAACCUAGUCGUGGCUUUUUAUGGUACCUUUUAUUUUGAACUCAUUCAUUAUGCUGAAUCCUUAUCCCAAAUGGAGCUUCUCAAAGCUAGGUCUGGAGUGGACAUACAGGAAUUCAAUCAAGCACCUACCUUCCUUAAUUGUAUAGAUAGCUGUGAGGAUAAUCUUUGGCUCUUACUGUUUCCCCAGAACUGCAAGAUUUUCAAGCACUAUAUAUAG